AUGUUCGAGUUCAAGGGGACUGCUGCCGACUCGACAGAGGGCAGCCGGCUCGACUGGAGGGUUGUGGAUCAUAAAGGUAUCCAAGACCUGGGCAGGAGACCAUUCACAACCAUGCUUCAGCCAGCGCAUCACCAGCGAGCAAAGACAGAAGGCGCAAGACGUCCAUCGCUGCAACUUCGCUCAAGAAGCAACUCGUCUGCUCCGAAUUACUCCCGACCCCAAGACAGAGAUGAUCUUUCACCAGUCUCAACGUCAAUUGACAGACGCACGCCUCGCACCUCAGUCGAUAGACGAUCAGUCGCAGGAGGAAGCACACAUACAAGAGGAGAUGCUUUGGAUAGCUUCGCCCCCAAGGCAUGGAUGGCGAAGGGGUCAAGAUUUCUGAAACGCCAAAACAGCAAACACGAAUUGACCUCGCUACGCACGCUGGAUUGGGUGGAAGAAAGCAAGGAAGCUCGUGUGCACCAUGUCCUAGACCAACCACCUUCUCCAGAUUUCAUGCACAGCAGGACACCUUCAACCGGUGAUCCAAACGCUGCCCUACGACUGAACAUAUCCGAGCCAUUCAACUUCCACCACGUGACCCACACUCAACCUCAUCACGUUCAACAGCUGGAAAGAGCAAACCCCAAUGAUCUUGUUUCGGAGUUUUCUGCUCUUCGUGCCUCGCAGGCCUCCCAACCAGGACUGAGAGGUAUCAAGGCCAAGGACAUACAGCGAGAAGACUUACCGCGGGAUGCUCUUUUACCCGAUUCCCCGUCCCAGCCACGAGAUGGCACCGCCGGCUUGCCUUCCUUUCGUACAUCAAGAAUUCAGGAUCGCACACAGGACAGCCCCUAUGACGCAACAUCUCCUGUGAGGGCCUUCGAGCAUUCACGGUCAUCAGAUAACUUCUCCCAGCCAAGUGCUGCAUGCCAUACAGCUCAAAGUUCACCGGUAUCACCAUCCCGUCACCUGACACCCGACUUUUUCACAUUCCAUCAUGAAACACCAUUUGAUACGAUGUUCGAACCGCAAAAUUCCAUCGGGUCCCCUGAGCCUUCGGACUAUCCUAUAGGUACCUGGAACGAUGGAAUCUACGAUCUCGCAUCACCGCACGCUGUAACAACAGAUGACUGUGCAGAUUGGAAUCGACAGGUGCCGUUCUCAAUGGUCAAAACCGAGCUCGCGCCAGUCGAGGAGGAUGAUGAAACUGAUGAAAAGAGAAGCUCGUUUUUAGCUUGCACUCAGCGCCCUGUGAGUUUCAACUCCGGUCUUCGCAAUAGCGUUCCGGCGGCCGAACAUUUGCAAAGCGGGUGGGCACAUCCCAUGCCUCCGGCUGAAGAGAGUCCAAGUGGAUGGUCAGCCAGAUUGCUGCCGGUGGAAGCGGAUGUCUUCGACUCGCUGCAAAGGCAUAGCAUGGCGCCGGCUAAGACAUCAGAACCUUCUAUUGAGGACCCACUUGACGAUAUACCCGCGCGGCCACGUCUCUCACGACACAUCUCCGUCGGGCCCAAUGACAUGGAGGCAUUUUGGGACAUCGCGUCAGACGCCAUCAACUGUUCCUAUGCCCUCGGGGCUGAAGGGGAUUCACAUUUCGAUUGGCAUCGUUCCUCAAUCCAUGAGGACGAUAUCACUGCACCCACUGUCGAUGACAUCCAGACCGCCGCCGUUGAUACGGCAUCCGCAUCUCCAAACAGGAAGCCCCAACCUGCCUCGCCCUCUCCCAGCAGGCAUGCAGCCAAACGAUCCUCUUCUGUAUACUCAAGCUCACCACCUUCACUCCUGCCUGUACAGACGUUCCCAUCAAGUCUGGACCCUCCGUCGGCGGGCUCUACCGAAUCAUCAUUCAGCAGUAUCCCAGAAGCUGUUACCCCAGAUGAGGCUACGGAAUCGGCAUUGGCUACAAGAUUCUCCGCCGGGAACUGUAAGGAAUGGUGCCGGCCAACUUACGUAGUGGCCGAUGAUUUCGAAUCUCAGACGGUCCAAGACGACCUAUAUCACCAGAUAUACACCACUGAUUACCCCCAAGAUGCGACGUUCCAUCUCCACAACGUCGGCCGCAUUGACGGUUCAACGAUCAGCAACUCUCCGCGCAGCAGCCGGUCGCUGAUCAGCAAAAGUAACUCCCAAGAAAGCUUUUGGUGUACGCAAGCUGCAUCUAAUGCGCGCCGCCCCCGCAACGCUGGCUCCGUCGGUAGCUUGCCAGAAUUGAUGUCCAGCAAGAACAGCCGCGAAAGAAUUGAUCCUGCCGUCGACCAACUCACCGACAACUCAACCUUUUUGAACCUGUCAGACUCUCCCUCAGAAAGCCAACAGACACUGAUGGCUCAACGUCGCCGUAGCCCUAAUUUGGCGAAAGACGCCGCUCAAAACAUCAUGCUCUCCAAAGCCAAGACCGCCGAAGAGCCCGUGCCACUGCUUCCAGUAUCCCGGGACAGAGCCAUCUCAGACGUCAGUCUUCCAGCCCAGGAUCCAUCUAUGCCGCCGCCAUUCCAACCUGCAGCUGGCAGGCGAAUGCGUUCUGGGAGCUCCGCAUCGAGCCUUAAUGCCAGAGGUAGCAGAGGAAGCUACAACGUCAUUCAGCCGCCGCACACGACCCCCGUGCGCAACCCUUAA